AGUACUUUUAAUAUUUAUUUCUCCUGUGAUUAAUGUUUUUAAUAUUUUAAUAAUUUUAAUUUUUAUGUCCCAUAAAGUUUUCCAUUCCUUUCAGAACAGACUGUGACUUGAUGCAAAUGUUUGAAAUAAACAAAACUAAUAGCUUCUAUUUGCUUCAACCCUACUGGCAAGACUAACACGUGCUACAGUGCACUCGCACACGAACCAUUUCCAUCAGCUGACGCUCACUCACAUAUUUAGUACAACGGUUCCGAGCACGCAUUCGUGUCACUCUCCGUUCCUUCCUUCGUGUAUUCGGGAAAUUUCAGCUGUUUAUCACAGAACUCUUUUAGUACAAUAUCGGCACUCAGCGGCAAUUUCCACUCGAGCACUAGAGCACACAUUUAGAAAAAUGCGCGGGACUUGUCCUGAGUUCCACGAUGAGUUCCCCAUGCAUGUCUGGACUGGUACCUCGGCAAUACUGCUUUAGCGCAGUCAACAUCAGUGCAAAUCGAGCGGUUUCUGUCGAUGUUUGCAAAUUCGGCUUCCACGUGGAACGUUCGUUUCGGAUACCUUUCACAGUAAACGGACGGUUGUUUUUUUUGCUUUUCCCUCGUCUCGGUUAUCGGUUGCGGAAAGCGGUUACCAUUCGAGUUACAUCAAACCAGAAAGGAGUGUCGUGCGCGAAUUUUGACUAGUGCUUGUGUAACACGUUGUACCGUUGUGCGGCGAAAGUGAUCAGGUGCUCUUCUUUGAUUGAUGUUGGAUUACCGCAUUUUGCGUAAUAUCGUGGUGAAAGUGGAUCCCAAAAGCAGUUCGAUUGAUGGAAACAAAUUGUGGAAAUACUUUAAGCCGAUAAGCAAUUGUUAGCGGCAGUGUGUGCUCGUCAUUGGUUCCACGUACGAUUGAAGGAUUUAUUGAAGGAAUAAACAUGUGUGAUUGUGAUAGUGUGGUAAACGGCAAUACAAUCAACAAUAUCUAUAUUUAAAAAUCACAUGAAAAGGGUGAAAUUUUUGUGGAAAUCUUAACAGAGUAUUAUAAAUUAUUAUAAAAGAAUUAGUUCCAUCAAAAGAUGCGCUAACGAGUUGUUGAUUACUAAUCAAUGGUUGUGCUGAGUAAAUAAAUUUGUACGCGACAAGACCGUUCAGCUUUUAUUGAUUGCUUUCAACAGCAGUAUUGUUAUGUUAAUGAUCAGCCGACGAAAGUGUGUACAUCAAACGGAGUUAAAAGCAAAGAAGUAAAGCAUCUCAAAAACCUUCCAAGAAACAGUCGACCAAAGGUGUUUCGUGCUUAAAUUUCAACCACAUCAAUGGAUUAAAAUUACACACCAUCCGGAAUUGUAAUGUUUGUGGUAAAUAGUGCAAUCUGCGAUGCUGGUAAAAUUAUUCCAUUCAGUGGUUACAUUUACCGGUGAUAAAGUCCACAGUGCGACAGGUCGAUAACGUGCUAUUUGUGAGCUUCAUUUAGUGGUUUUUUUGGAGUUGGUAAAAUGAAUGACCGUACAGUGCCGAAUCGAAGAUAAAAAUGCAGAAUAUCAUCAUAGGUGGAUUAUUCGUACUGGCAAAUCUGCAUUUUAACCAUCACAACGCAAUGGGUGUAGCUAAUCAUCUGCCGGCACCGCAGGAAAACAGAAUCAUCAAAAAAUUUUCCCCCCAUCCGUACUUUGACUUCGAUGUGCCUCGGAACAUAACGACCCGCGUCGGCCAGACGGCUUUCAUCAACUGUCGGGUCGAGCAAAUGGGUGACAAAUCGGUCUCCUGGAUCAGGAAACGAGAUCUACACAUCCUCUCAGCAGGGACCGCCGUCUACACAUCGGAUGAGCGAUUUCAGGUGAUACGUUCCGAUAAGGCGGAAAAUUGGACGCUGCAAAUAAAGUUCGCCCAGCAGCGAGAUUCCGGCAUAUACGAGUGUCAGGUAAACACCGAACCAAAGAUGUCAAUGGCAUUUCGACUGAACGUUGUGGAGGCUAAAGCGAUUAUCCUCGGACCAACGGACCUAUACGUAAAAAUGGGCAGCAUUGUGACGCUUACAUGCAUCAUUAGCCAGGGACCACAUGAUCUAGGGACAAUAUACUGGUACAGAGGGUCAAAUCUUGUGCAACCCAUCGAGUUGCAUCCCAACGAUCCUUCAUUAGCAUAUCCACAUCGAAUAUCGGUUGAGCUGAAGUGGACCGAGGCACUCACGUCACGGCUGAAAAUUCUCGAUGCCAAGCUGUCCGAUUCGGGGAAUUACACGUGUCUGCCAACGUCAGCGGAUGGAACCAGCGUGAUGGUGCAUGUGAUAAAUGGCGAGCAUCCGGCGGCGAUGCAACGUGGCUGUGCUACGACCGCAAACAAAGAUCAACACCGGAGCGUACAGCUGCUAACGGCGACGAUGCUGAUGGUGGUAUUGCUAACGCUCGUUUGGCAUCGAACCGAUCUCAACACCUUCGUCAAACCGCGGGCGAUAGAUUUUCAACACCCAUCGCGACCCAUCCCGUGCACGUUGGCCGUGUGUAAGAUGAUAACGGACCGUCCCGUCGGCACACCAGCAUCUUCGUCCAGCGCGUAAUGCAAGCGUGCCGGAGUGUGUCCGGACGGGUGCGAGACCGAAAAGAGACCGAAGGGUGCAUUUUGCAAUUGCAACGGAAAACCCAGGUGCUACACAUUAUUCACGGUAAUGCUGCAAUCACGGUACGGUGGUAAAACCGCAGACAACCCGCCACACAAUGAUUGCUUCACAGCGAGCCAAGAAAGAAAAAAAAUGCUUGUACACCGUACAAACUGUUGUUAACGAUCGAUGAAUGCGUUUAAAAAGUGAUGAUACUUCCAUACAAUUGACAGUAAGACACUCCCUUCGGGGUAUGGAACAAAGUAAAAAAACAAACACACCGAAGACAUUCACCGAUAAAAAGAAAUCAAUUCAGCAACUAAAACCCGAACACCGAACGCAGUAUACAAAGCAAAGUAACACUUGGGUCCUCCGGCUGAACAAUGUUUCAAAAAGGCAAAGGUAAAAGAGAAAAAAAGGGAAACGUUCGUUUUUCCGGAUGGACCCAGGUGUGGGUGCAACACGAAUAGAACAAGUAAGUGUAACAUUCAAACGAAAGCAAACCAACAAACCUUUCUCCCAGUCCUUUCUUCCCACAUUGUCUUAGCGAGUGCACCGGAGUGGGUUAUACAGUACCGUACACACGUUUUGCGAACCUUUGUGCAAGAGUUAGUUUUUAAUAAAAACCACAACCAUAGCAUCGCCCUCGAAAGGUUCCAAGUGGUAGGCGCCAAGUUAAGGGCCCGAUCGCGUUCGGUUUGGAAUGUUUUAAUGUGUUAAAAGUGACUGAAAAAACAUGGCAAGCAAUGGAGUGAAACACAAAGAUUGUGCUUAAAUCUGAAAAGGAAUAGAGGAAAGCUUCAAGGAAGUUUUUACUUUAUGUAAGGUGAGCGAUCGAGUUGAUUUUAUCAGAAAGGUGUAUGUUGUGAAAGGGAAAAUAAUGUGUAUGAUUAAUGUGAAUAAUAUUUCCAUCAACGACUUUACGUUACAUUCUACUAGAUCAAUGAGAUGGAAAAGAAGAUGAAAAAUAAAAAGUGAGUGAAAUAUCCCGUUCGAUUCAUUAGAACCUAGUUCAUCUAAAAAAACACAUCAUUUGAAUGCAUAAGAGACGCCGGAUCGGUCGGUUUGGGUUGAGAACAGUUAAAAACAUGAUGGCAUAAGUGUAGAUACAAAACAAAAAAUCGUUAGAUAGCAGAAGGAAACUCUGCGUCAUGAAGAAGGGUACAAUUAAGAGAUAAAAACAAAAGAAAACAACAAUUUACAGAAAGAAUGUAAUUUUAUUUCAUCGAAUCAACCGUCUCACUAUUAACUUCAUCCAGAUAGGGGUAGAAAAUGAGUGAAAUUAUUUAAGAGAAAACAUACAAAAACCAUCGACCGCACGGCUUCGACAUUAGAAGAAACGACAUUCAAGCGUGUACAAUUCGAAACUUCAUUAGGAUUGAUAACGGACCUUUGAAGGGGCAAGCGUCAGUAGGCGCUCUUCCUUCCUCUUGCACCCCGUACACCUUACUUCCCUCCUCUUUCCCCCCACAGACUCCCAGAAACCCUACCGUAUAGAGAAAUUUUUGUGAAGAACAUCAGAUCCAGAGAUCUUACUUUAGGACGAGUUGCGUGGAAUGCGAUGGGCGGUAGCAGCAUUAAAGCUAUUUAUUUGGGAAAAUAAACUUUGAGAUUAUCUCAAAAA